AUGAAAGUCAGAAUCCCUGGAAGAGAAGAAGACAAACCUCUUCACAGGGGAGCCGGGGUGGUUCUGCUGGAGAGUGAGCAGUUCCUGGCGGAGCCGACCAGGCUCUUCCAGGAGUGCCGGCUGUCGGGCAGUGUGUUCGUCACCCUGAAGAAGUAUGAUGGCCAAACUAAACCCAUUCCAAGGAAAGUCUCCGUGGAGGGCUUUGAGCCCUCAGAAAAUAAAUGUCUGUUAAGAGCUACUGAUGGGGAAAAGAAGAUAAGCACAGUGGUGAGCUCCAAAGAAGUGAAUAAGUUUCAGAUGGCUUAUUCAGACCUACUGAGAGCAAACAUGGACGGGCUGAAGAAGAGGGACAAAAAGAGCAAGAGUAAGAAGAGCAAAGCAGCACAGUGAAGGGCUCCAGGCUCCCUGCUUUCACCAACUAACCACCAAAUUGCUAUUUUU